CCUAAAGGUCUGAGUUUACAAUCCCCCCUUCUCAAUAUGAACGCCUUUUCCUUCAAAUCCUAGUAAUUAUUCUAUGGUCUGUCCUUCUGGCCGGUUGCUCCUCAUCAAAUGACUUAAGAAAUGUCUAUUUACUAUCUCUUUCGUACAAAACGAAGUCUGCCUCUGCAUUGACGGAUCCUCUUCAAAUCAACCCAAGUAUAGGAGAAGCAUUUCCCAAUGCUCUUAGUCGCAGUAACAAAACGAUUCAGCGGAUAAAUAUAUCCCAUAUGGGCUUAUGCAUUCAGCUUAUGUCUGGUACUUGGACUUGUGGAGGCGAUACACAAGACGUUGUAAACAUUUUGAAAAGCGAUUCUCAGUCGAACCCCUUUAAUUUAGUAUGGGCUGUAGACAAGUUCAGCAAUGAAGUUACAUCUUUUCCCUUAAUAUAAGUUAUGUACUUAAUUUUGCUAAAACUUACAUGUUUAUUGAAGAUCUCUUGCC